AUGAGCCCCUCGACUGGUAAAGGAGCGUCUCAUCGGCGCGCCUCCCUGAAAUGCACCUAUUGUGAGCGUGCGUUCUCGCGCACUGAGCAUCUCACACGGCAUGAGCGCUCUCACCGGAACGAGAAGCCAUUCAGCUGCAACUACUGCGACGCCACGUUCAGCCGGAAGGACGUGAUCAAGCGACAUCACCUCCGAUAUCAUCAAGCUAUUGCUGAGAUGGUUGGCGUGACGUCCGAGCCAGCUUUGCCGACAUUUCUGCAUCCCGCACCACCGGCACCUGUGCAGCCAGUCAUCAUGUCACCUUCACCCCAGGACGUCUUCCUUGAUUUCUCACAGGGAGAGAACCCCGCUGUUGCGGCCUUGAGCAGACAGGAUGGGCAUUCCAGCCUACUCAUGGAUAACUAUAUCAUGGAUGCUUUUCUUCCAGACUUGGACACUCAGUCAGCGCCAGAUGAAUGGCACGCAGGAAACCUCUCUGGCACCUUCAUACCUGGUGGUCUUACUGGUCGGCCUCUAGACCUACCUUUCUGGAGAGGCUCCCUCGAACUGUCGGAGAAAAAGAGAGGUCAACUGUUCACAGAGACGAAAGACGUUUUGAGAAAAGCAGGGAUUGGUAACAUAGCGGAAUUUCCGACUCGUUUGAGCUUAGAGAGAUUCCUCGUGACUUUCUUCGAAUGUUUCCUUGAUUACCUCCCUUUCAUUCAUGUUCCGACCUGGCAAGCCGAGGCGGCACAUCCUUGUCUUCUCUUAGCGAUGCUUGCGGUUGGCGCAGGGCCCUACAAAGAAUACGAUGUUGCCCAUGCUCUUUAUUACGCCGCGAGAUCCUUGAUUAUGACAUAUCUCGGAAACACUCCUUCAUCAGCCUCCGAACACCCUCUCUGGGUGAUGCAAUCGCUGCUGAUCACAAUCUCGUAUGGCGUUCGUAGCGGUGAACGAGAAAUGUUCGACGACGCAGUUUCGUGGACCUCAUCUCUAGCAAAUGUUGUUCGCUGGGGUUCGACACCAGACAAGUAUUGCGACCUAGAGCAUGACAUACAAGGAUCAUGGCAAGAUUGGGUAGAGGAUGAGAUGGCUGUUCGGACCCACUGGGCUGCCUACACGGUUUUAUGCGUUCUGACCGUCUGCUUCAAUGUCCCUCCCGUACUGAUGAGUCAUGAAAUGAGCCACAUUCGGCUACCGUGCAAUGAAUCAGAGUGGUCAAGCGCUACUUUUGAAUCAUGGAUCAAGGCCAGGAUGGGCCGUUGUCGAGACUGCCCAUGUUUUGGAGAAGCGCUGGAGAUCCUCCUUGGUUCAGGAGCACUGCAAAGGAACACUAUCAGCCUUUUCGGAACCUACGUGCUCCUGCAUGCGAUUUUGCAGAAUAUCUGGGCGUUGAGACGGAACAUCUGGCUAGAACCAACGCAUCUCGCUAGCUGCUUACAGAAAACAGACGUUAGUCUCGGAAGGUGGCAUUCGUGCUGGGCGGGAAACGUAGAAUCAUCCGUGUCACCGCGAAACCCUCACAGUGCCGUGACUGCAAAUCCAGCAGCACUCUUUCGCCUGGCAUAUAUGUGGGUCGGAGUUGAUUUCUCUUCGGUACGGGCUGCCAUUGCCUCUCAUGAUCCGGAAACGAUAGAGCGAAGCUUCAAGCAGCUAUCGAUCCCAAUAACAGGAUCGGACCUGACAUUUAAGAUCAUCAUGCAAGCAGUCGACGCUCUUAAGACACGAGUUAAAUUAGGAAUGAUGCUCAGAGAGCAACGGCUGGGCUGUUUUCAGAGUCUUGAAGUCCAUCUAUUUUCCCUGGAGUGCUGCCUUUUCGCUUGUGCAUGGUUGAAGGCGGCAGAGAGCCGUCCCGAGCAAGAGUGGUCAGCCGACGAAGCACAAGUCAUCCAGCUGGUCCGCGAGAUUUUGUCGGAAGUAGAUUUGCCUGCCACUCGUUCUCAAACGGCAAAUGCUGUACGAGUAGUGUAUGCAUGGGCGUUGAUAUUGAAGCGUCGCGCGGUAUGGAAACUCCAGAAGAUAAUUGCAGAUUCACUGGAGCAGUUUGCGGAUAGCUUUUAA